UUCACAAGUCUUCAUAAACGUCUGUCACUGCAUGUGAAUGUAAAAUAAUUCUUUCAAGACAGGCUCUGACAUCCUGAAAGGAAAAUGUACAUUUACAAUCAAAACAAAGAAGAGAAUCCUGAGCCAGUUGAAGCAGAUAUCACUGGAACUCUUCCAGACUGGCUUCAAGGCACUUUGGUGCGUAUUGGUCCAGGUAUAUUCUCUGUGGGUGAGACGUCCUACAACCACUGGUUCGAUGGAAUGGCCUUGAUGCACAGCUUUACAAUUAAAGAUGGUGGAGUGAGUCACCGAAGCAGGUAUCUCCGUGGGGACACUUAUAAAGCCAACAUGGAGGCCAAGAGAAUCGUCGUAUCUGAGAUGGGCACAAUGGCUUACCCGGACCCUAGAAAAAACAUAUUUUCCAAGUUCAUUACCUUCCUCAACCAUGCCGUCCCAGACUUUACAGAUAACUGUGGAGCGAAUAUAAUACAAUAUGGGAAGGAUUUUUAUGCCACCUCUGAAACCAACUACAUCAGAAAAAUUAAUCCAGAGACCCUGGAAACUCUGGAUAAGGUGGACUACCUCAAAUACCUUCCUUUGAACGUGGUGUCCUCCCAUCCACAUUAUGAUAAAGAGGGAAAUGCCUACAGCGUGGGCACAUCAAUUGCUGAUAAGGCCAAGACCAAGUACACAAUAUUCAAGGUUCCAGCAGGGACUAAUGCAGAGGAUACCACUCCUGUCCUGAAGAACAUGGAAGCCGUCUGCUCAAUUCCCUGCCGUUCCCUUCUCAGCCCCAGCUAUCACCAUAGCUUUGGCAUGACUGACAACUACUUUGUUUUCAUCGAGCAGCCCUACAAACUCGACAUCCUUAAGAUGGCUACAGCUUAUAUGCGCGGAGUUAACUGGUCUAGCUGCCUGAAAUUUCAUCCAGAGGAAAAUACUCUGAUUCAUCUUAUUGACAGAAAAACAAAGAAAGAGGUGCUGACUAAGUACUACACUGGUGCUACGGUUGUCUACCAUCAUGUGAAUGCAUUUGAAGAUGACGGCCAUGUGGUGUUUGAUGUGAUUGCCUAUGAUGAUAACAGUCUGUAUGACAUGUUCUACCUUGAUGAGUUGAAACAAAGAAUGGACCCAGGGUCAUCCUCCAACAAACAUUACAGUUCACCAAAAUGCAAGAGGUUUGUUCUACCACUCACUGACAAGGAGUCUGAAGUAGGAGAGGACUUAGUGAAGCUGAAAUACACUACAGCCAGUGCUGUGAAAGAGAAAGAUGGAAAGUUGCUCUGCCAACCAGAGGUUCUAUGUGGAGGUGUAGAACUACCCAGGAUAAAUUAUGAUUACAAUGGCAAGAAGCACAGAUUUGUCUACUUGACAGGAGUGGAGAUGUCAGCGGUCGCCACAAAGAUUGUUAAGCUUGAUGUUGAGACAAAGAAAGUGCAAGAAUGGACUGCAGAAAACUUCUGGCCAUCUGAGGCUGUCUUCAUAGCCAGACCAAAUGCAGUUGAAGAAGAUGAUGGUGUGGUCCUAACAUCUGUGAUAAAUACAGUGGAGGGUGAACAAGGAUUUUUACUUGUCCUUGAUGCAAAGACUUUGAAAGAAAUAGCUAGGGCCCGAGUACAAGCACAGCUGGCCAUGGACAUGCAUGGACGCUUCAUUCCACAGGGCAGUUAAAUUCAGUGUCAAGAGUAUGCAUUUUUGCUAGGACUAUUAUGGAUGAAUUAUUUUCGUCAGUUUCUAGAUGUGAAAUGAAAGACUGUGAUACACCACUUUUGCAUAUUUUACUUGUGUCUGUCAAUAUAUAGGCUAAUCAUUAUAAAUGUAAUGAUUAUGAGCUAUUUAUAUAAUGCCACACUAAGAGUCUAAAUCUCAAGAGUUUCUGGUGUUUCUGGUCAGAAAACCAAAUAUUUUUUGAGUACAUGAUGCACAGGGACUACACUAUUAUGAGUAGGCUACACAAGGACUGCCCUUACAUCUUAUUGUGAACCUGUCUCACUCAAUAGUCUGAAAGUAUCUUUGUUUACAUGUUGACGGUUUAUAAGUGAUAUAACACCACUUGUUCAGCGGUGUCUUACUUAGAGUGUUUAGGCUUAUGGAAUCAAAUCCUUUUUAUACAGUAUGUCAGUCAUGGACUGUAUGUUAAGUGGUUGGACCUUCAAUGACAAUUUGUUUUAUUGACAGAUUUUCUUUUCAACAUUUCAGCAUUUUAACAUGCAUUUUCCCAGCAUUUUGCGGUGAUUUUUUUAACAAUUAUAUCUGUCAUAUGCAAGUCUAUGUAGCUCUCUGUCUU